AUUGUAUUUCAAACCUCUAUGUAUUUUCCUAAAUUUUCGGUGAAUUCUUUAGAAUUGAAAUACUUGAAAGAAACUUCAAUUACUACUCAAUAGUUGUUUGUGUCAUUUAAUGGAUAUUUGCGUUUUGUUGGUUAAAAUGGAAACGUCGCGCAACACAAUAAGUUCCUAUUCCAUUGCUUAACAUUGGUUUCAAUUAUAAAUUAAAAUUUUCAAUCAUUGGCAUCAUAGGCAGAGUUUUCCAGUGGAAUAUACAGUUUUAUAAAAUGUUGGAUUUUGAGUUUGUUUACAAUUUCUAAAUGUAUAUUAAAUAGAUUGGUGUUCUAAAAAUAUUGAAUACAAAACAUAUAUAAGCCAAAAUGUUAGAUUCAUCCGAAAUGACACUAUUCACGGAGAAACUUAUUGAAGAAAUUAAGGAUUUUCCCAUUUUAUUUGAUCGAAAAAUGAUGCGAUCAAAGGACAGUGCCGAAAAGGAAGAAGCCUGGAUAUCUCUCACUGAUCGUUUACCCUCCGAUUUAAAAAUCUCAGUUGACGAGACGAAAAAAAGAUGGAGAACUCUGAAAGAUUGCUACUCAAAGUAUCUCCGCAGUGGCACAACCAAAAACAGAUUCGAAGCUCGUUAUAAGUCCUGGCGUUGGUCCGGGCACAUGAAUUUCUUUAAAUCGUAUAUGCUACACAACGAUUCUGCAGAUGGCGAUGAAAGUUUACUUGAAAAAGAGCCGCAAAAAAGAAAAUCUGAGCAAACAUCAAGCGAUAUAAAAAUUCAACCAUCAAAAAAAAAGUUUAAACAAAACAAUGAAGAUGAGUUCAUUGAUGAAGUAUACGAUGAUCAAACACACACGUUUAAAAAAAAGACCCUUAUUGCGGAAAUUAAAGGCGAAAUAGAUGAGGAAGUGCAACAAGAAAUAGAUGACGAAUCCUACCAAGUAAUUGCAAGUGCUAUAACAGAUUAUGAGAACCCAUCAACAGAAUGGGAUGAAUUAGCCAAUGAAUCAGAAAGUGAAGAUAUCGGCCGUAAUUCCACCACAAAAAGUAUUGCAUCCGUUGAACAUGAUAAUUAUAUUGACCCUUUGGUUGGGAAAAAUUUUGAUGGACUAGAUAUGACAUUUCUUGGUUACGCUGGCAGCAUUAAGAAGUUAACACCACGAAGACAGUCCCUUAUUAAAUUUGCUGUCGCAAAAAUGAUUAUGCGAGAAGAGCUGUCACAGCAAAAUGAAAAAGAAAGAAAUGAGUUUACCGAAUUUAUUCAAAUAAAAAGAUGUUAGUAAAUUUUAUUUUAA